AUGGAAAUAGCCAACACAAGCUCUCCAGGAGUCUUUGUACUCCUGGGUUUCUCUUCACGACCCUCACUAGAACCUAUCCUCUUCUUCCUUGUCUUGGGGUUUUAUGUGGUGUCUGUCUUGGGCAAUGGCAUCAUCAUUCUGGUCUCCUGUGUGGAGGUGCACCUCCACACUCCUAUGUACUUCUUUCUUGCUAACCUCUCAUUCCUGGACAUUAGCUUCACCACCAGCGUCGUCCCACAACUCCUGGUCAACCUCUGGGGACCACAGAAAACCAUAAGCUAUGGAGGGUGUGUGGUCCAGUUCUAUAUCUCCCACUGGCUGGGGGCGACUGAAUGUGUCCUCCUGGCAGUCAUGUCCUGUGACCGCUACGCUGCCAUCUGCAGGCCACUCCACUACACUGUCAUCAUGCAUCCACGGCUUUGCCUUAGCCUGGCUUUCGUCUCGUGGCUCGGGGGUCUGACCACCAGCAUGGUGGGCUCCACACUCACCAUGCUCCUGCCGCUGUGUGGGAACAAUCGCAUAGACCACUUCUUCUGUGAGAUGCCCCUCAUUAUGCAACUGGUUUGUGUGGACACCAGCUUCAAUGAGGUGGAGAUGUACGUGGCCAGCUUUAUCUUUGUUGUCUUGCCUCUGGGUCUCAUCCUGGUCUCCUAUGGCCAUAUUGCUCACGCUGUGUUGAAGAUCAGGUCAGCAGAAGGGCGGAGAAAGGCAUUCAACACCUGCUCUUCCCACGUGGCCAUCGUGGCUCUGUUUUACGGGAGCAUCAUCUUCAUGUAUCUCCAGCCGGCCAAGAGCAACUCUCAUGAACAGGGCAAGUUCAUAGCCCUCUUCUACACCGUGGUCACCCCAAUGCUGAACCCCCUGAUUUACACGCUGAGGAACAAGGACAUGAAGAAGGGUCUCAGGCACCUUGUGUUAGAGAAGUGCUGUGGCUUUGCGGGGACGUGGGGGCAUAUUUAG